AGUGUUUCGGAGAGCAUGUUGGACGUGGCUCUCUUCAUGUCCAAUGCCACUCGUCUGAAGGCUGUUCUGGAGCAGGAACCAUCCUCCCCCUACUACAUAGUCCUGGUCACCCUCCUCAGCAUCUCUCUCCUCUUGCAGGUGGUCAUUGGGAUCCUCCUCAUCAUAACUGCCCGAAUGAAUUUGAAUGAGGCAUCAAAACAACAGCGGCUAAACCAGCUCAACGACACAACCAUGGUCAUGGUCUUCAUAACUGUCAUCAUCAACAUUUUCAUCACGGCCUUUGGAGUGCAGAAGAUAGGGCAACCCUGGCCCACACCCAGACCCUACUGAAUCUAGCUGGGGCCUAGGUGAGGGCCCUGGAGCUCUUUCUACUUCCCUUCUCUUUGACUUCUGCCAGCUCUGAGGACCUCUGCCCAGCUCAUUGGGCCUUCUUGAUAGCACCUGGGAAGGCUCCCAACAUGGAAGUGUUCAUCUCCAAUACAAGCUCAAAUACUAAAGUAUUUGGUUCUGUUGGUCAACAUGACAUCUGUAUUGGUAGCUGUGGAUGCCUUGUGCCCAGGGUGGGGACACUAAACCCCCAGCUGCCACAAGGUGCAUGAGUCUGGAGUUACUGCCUCCAG